GCCGUUCCCGGUACAGCUGUGAGCCGUUAAAGAUAAACAGGUGAGCUUCUUCUCUUCAGCGGGACGAACCGUGGCACCGACUGAACCUCCGGGGAUGCGCACGUCAGUGUGUGAAAUCCACGUCUCCUCUCAGCCUGACUCCGCCUACUUCCUGCGGGUAGACUGGAGGGGGCGGGGCUUAGGUUCUGGCUUCCAGUUGCUGCUGACUGACGGACAGGAUGCGUGGAGAGGAGAAGUGAGCGAGGCAGCCGUGCGUACGGAGGCGGAGGAGCUGGAGAUGCAGAGGGAGCGGUACGUCCAGGACCUCCAGCAGGCGCUGACCGGGUCGGGGGGCUCCGUCACCUACAGCUUCACCCUGACGCCGUCUCCACCAGGCCCCGCCCUCACACUGGCCUAUGAGAAGGUGCAGAAGGACAUCUCGUUCAGGUUGGGCUCCGUGUCGCUGCAGGCCGUCCCCGAGCCGGCGGAGGCCGUCAGGGAGUUACUGGUCCACAGUCUGCAGAGGGGGAACACACUGGAGCACCAGAACCAGAACCUGGAGGAGGAGAACCAGAGACUGAGACGAGAACAGCAACGCAUCACUGCCGAACUGAAGCGGUACACCGGUGGUAAAGAGGCGCUGGAGGCGGAGCUCUACUCUCGGUUCAUCCUCGUCCUGAAUGAGAAGAAAGCCAAGAUCCGCAGUCUGCAGGAGACUGUGACACACCUGCAGGAAACCAGGAGCUCUGAGGGACAGAAAAACAAGGAGUCAGUGAAAUCAGGCCAAACAGAAGGUCAGGAGGAAGGGGAGGAUGAAUAUGGAGGGAGCACUGAUGAGGAGCCAGAGGAGGAGCAGUCGACUCCAGCUCCCGCUGAACACUCCCAGGACUCCUCCACUCCCAGCCCGUUGGACGACAGCCUGAGGGACAUCACGGACGUGGCCCCCUGCCGCAAACGCCGCGUUCGUCACCUCGCGGCCCCGGAGCCCGCGGUGAAAAGGUCGACCCCGCAGACCUCCAAGGGACGCAGGAGCGACUCCCCUGCAGGAUCCAGUAAGCGGCCGACCCCCCAGCGCCCUGCAGAUGCUGCGGCAGCGCGUUCGGAGGCUGAGGACCUGUUUGAGGACUUCUGACCCUUCACAGACCCACGUGAUCACGUGAUCACAUGAUCACAUGAUCACAGCUCUGAUGUAGACUGGCAACGCUCUGAUAUUUUUACACUGAAUGUUGGGAUUAAAGGUCAGGGAUUAUAGGAAACUUGUUUUUAAGGAAACACACGGUGACGAGUGAAAGUUCAUUCCCUCUGUGUUUUGAUGGCGGGUGACGAGAGCAGAGGUCUGAUUACAGCCCGAUUUUAUUCAUCAGGAAGUCUAGCUAAAGUAAAGAGAAGAAGAACGACCCUGAAUCCCCCCAAAACAACAUCUGUUUACAUUCAAGUGACCCGCUAAUUAACGAUGUCGGGAACAGAGAGAGGAGACGGGUUACAGUAGGACAGUCUGUGAGCCGAGGAGGGAAACGCAGGAGGUCGGCGUCGAUUGAAUUUGUCGUUUUCCAACCAGCUUCGACCACAAUCAUUUCACAACCGUAACCAUGUGUUUAUUAAUGGAACCACGGCCACAGAUGUUGCAUCAUCUCGAUGUAGGAGACACUUUAACCCAAAACAAUGAACCAAAUCUUUCUCUGUUCAAGUCGACCCGAACUUUAACCACCGGAGCUGCACCAUCAAAUCAACAGAUCCAUCCGAGUGUCGGAGGCAGAGACGGAUGAGAGUGGAGUCCGAUCAGGAAACACGAGGUCAGGGUCCUGCUGCAGACAGGUAGACCUACCUGUACGUCAGGAGCUGCAUGUGUGGAUCCAGCUUCUUCCUCUGUUCGCUCACAAGCCCAAGUGAAAAGUUCAGAGCGAGUCUUCGUGGUUCUGCUUCUUCGUCCUGCAGCGUCACAGACGGAAAAGCUUCGACUACGUUCAUGCAACGUUUCAAACAAACAAUAUUUUUCCUACGACUCUUUAAAUCUUGUUUUAAGAUAAAGUUUAAGAUAAAGACUCAGGCGCUCGUUAGUCAGCUGACCCCAUCACGUUCAUCAGACCUCCGCUCUCAGCUUCUCGUCCUGCUGCUGCUGGAACUCGUCUCCUGUCUGUAGUUUCACAGUCACAACUUUGUGCGUCAUGAACUGCUUUUCUACAUAUUUACACAUCUGUCUUUUUAAUAUUUGUACCAAAUAAACGAUGUAAAUGUUCACUGUUUAA